AUGACAGAUAAUCGUGAAGAUCUAUCCGGUUACGCCUUUACUGUGAAAGGCCACGCAUUCAAAAUUGACGAUGCGUUUAAGCAGCGUGCUGUCCCACAGUUCCUAACGGCCAAGAAGGCGACUUCUAUUUCAUGGAAAGACAGAGCUCGUAGCCAUGGUGGAGCAUCAACCUCCCAAGAUAUUAAUGUAGAGGCUGAGCAGAAGACCCCGGACAUUGACGAAGCCCGUUUUUUAUUUGUUGGGCUGUUUCCGCGAUCAAUUGACGAGAAUGCCUUAUCAAAAGGUGUAGCGAGGGGGGGCACUGUCGGAGAAACUUUACCACAAAAUGUGCUGCAACCAGUCCCAGAUCAGCCUUCCUUCCGUGUGGUGACACCUCAAACAUAUACUCCUACCGUGGGGGGACUCAAGUACUUUGUUCUCAUGGGGGUUGAUCACAAUACGGGUUUAUGGUAUCCAUAUCCUAUUGCCCAGGACCUCAUCUUCUAUCUCCCUGAGUAUAGAUUUCAAUCAAGGACAUUGGUUGACAGACGCAAAGACUGGUCCCACAAAGUCGCUACAGCUUCCGUCGUCGAUCCCUCCAAACCUGAUAUCACCAUCCAACAUCGCACUUAUUUUGGUUCCCAGGCAGAUAACGAGAUUGCUCGGCUUCAUCUGGAGCUGGCCAAAAUCGGCUUAGAUAAUGACCGAACCUCGAUAGAUGCUAUUGAGGACCUCAUGGCUAGGAAGGAUGGUGCAAAGUUAGAGCUUAAGUGGCUACUUCAGUUGUUUCUGACUAUUGGUGGCAAAUUCGACAACGGACACGCGGAGAGCCUUGAUAUAGAAACGAAGCGGCAGUGGCCUCAGCUUGCUUGGGUCAUUUCAGCUGAAAGGUUGCUUCUACUGAAUAAAGAGAUCACCGACGGUAAGCUUAAAGUUGAUUUCAGACACGCUUACGUUUUCCUCGCAUAUGGCUGCACGAAGCUGGCCCAUGGCACGACAGAUUCAAAGCAGAUCGCAGUUGACGCGCUACUGUUUGCGGAAACCCUCGUCCCCGAUCGUCAAGAUUUCAAUUUCGCCAUCCCUGAACAGUGUAAAGCAUUGUCAACAGUUAUCUUUGUCGCUUUCCUGACCAAGAUUAAGCCAAUAUACGCGGCAAUGAUUGAGGGAACAAAGGCCUUGGAGACCCAGCAUGGGAAAUACACCUUAAGAUUGACCCCGCAAGCUAUCUACGAUCAGCUUAUGCAAUCACGCGAGCAAGACGCAGUUCGACUAUUAGUUGAUCAGUUAGUGGCACUUCGGGCAACGGAGUAUUCAAAUCAACUCGAACAGUACUGCACCUCGUUGAAAUCAAUAAUUGAGUACACCGAAGAAGUUGUAGCUGCACUCGAGGCGAAAAGAAAUUGA